AUGCCUGUGCCUGGCGGACAUGGUGAUUCCGCGGCGGUGGGAGGAAAACCUGGCAAUCUCGCGGACGAUGGCUCGCUGGAGAAAGGCGGCGGCGGCGGCGGCGGUGGUGGUGGUGGUUCGAAGGCAGCGGGUAUUAUCUUCUCCAAAGCGCGAAUCUUCGAAGCGGUAGAGAAGGAUCGCGGGGAUCUGGCGCUGCUGGCUUGUUGUUUCGUGACGGGGCUGGUGGACGCGGCGGUGUUUUCGAAUUGGGGUAUGUUUCUCAUUGAAGUGGGACGUGGAAUGUCGAUGUGGAUGAAUGGAUGGAUGGAUGGAUGAAUGGCUGGCUGACUUGUAUGGUGGUGUAUAGGGCUGUUUGUCGGGAUGCAGACUGGUGAGUGUGUUUUCACAUGGGAAAUACGACAGGGAUCUUUUGAGUAGGGAUGUUGAGUGAAUGCUGAUUCUUCUCCUCCUCCUCGCAGGUAACACGGUCAUCCUGGGCCUCUCGGCUUCAGGCCUCCCGGACAACCCGCACGCCUGGCUCACGACGCUCGUCUCCAUCGCCUGCUUCCUCAUCGGCGCAUUCCUCACCUUCCGCCUCUCCAAAAUCCUCACCCCCAACGGGCCCGCUUCCAACCGCCUCUGGUGCGGCAUGCUCUUCUUCCUGCAGGGCCUCCUCAUCCUCGUCGCAGCGGCGCUCUCCACCCCACAAGGCCUCAUCCCGCAGAACCCAGGCCACACCAACCGCUACACGCCCGCUUCCAUCUCCGUCAAAGACAACAUCCGCAUCGUCAGUCUCAUCCCGCCCCUCGCUUUCCAAGCGGGCAUGCAGAUUGCCAGUUCCCGCCUGCUCGGCUUCAACGAGCUGCCCGUCAACGUGCUGACGUCGACGUAUUGCGACAUCAUGGGCGACUUCCAACUCCUGGCUCUGAAUAACGUCAAGAGGAACCGCAGAGUCGCGGCCGCGGUACUCCUCCUGGCCGGAGCGAUCUGCAGUGGCUGGAUGAUGCGGAGCGCCGGCGGCCUGAUGAGUGUCUUCUGGCUGGGGGGUGGAGUCAAGGUCCUCACUGGCGUGGUCAUGUGGUGUUGCAUGCCUGCCGCCGCCGCCGCGAAGAGCUGA